AUGAGCGGGGCGUGGCGAGGCGGGGCGGGGCGGGCGGGCGCAUCAAGACGGCGCUACACAGCGGAGGCCGGCGUGCCCGACGGCGCUCAAUUGUCAACUCCUUCGCCAUUGAAAGGGUGUAUUCCGCCAGCGUCGGUGCCCCCCCCCCUGCAGCUAAAAAAGCAGCGGCGUCGGCGCCCCGCUGACUGGCGGCGCCUCGCGGUCGCGCUGCAGGUCAAGGACGCCGCCGCUACCGCCCCUCGUAAAGCGGCGGCGGCGACGUCUUUAAUACGCCUUUUAUUACCCCGCCCGGGCCCCCGCGUCGCCCCCGCGCCCGCCCACCUCGGCCCCCGUGACGUCACCCCGCCCGCCCGCGUGCGUAAGCAGCCCCCCGGUGCCAUUCAUGCGCGACCCGCAGCGCCACGCCCACCGACGCGGUCCCCGGUUCGAAGCCGCUCCGAACGCUCUUCAGGUGGUGCUCAUUCGGCGUGGAGUGCGCUGUCCAUAGGGGCAUCUGCAGCAUGCGGCUGCAGGCCAGGAAAAUCAAACCAACCAAUUACUUCAUUUUUCCUUCGCAUUAUGGCUUUCUAUUUACCACGUCGAGUAUUCACAAAUUUUUCGAGUCUCAUUGUCUUCACUCGAAAUACCAUGAAAAGAACCACGGACGUUUUAUACACUUCUCCCGGUCUGCGCUCCCACACCGUCUCGCCGCCCGCCCCUCGCCAGCGUCGAAGGUCGGAGCAGUUGCGCGGCGGCCAUAUUUCACCUCUGCGCGCGCCUCGGGCCUCGGAGGCCACGCGGCCCAGGGGGUCCCCGCCACGAGCCCUUCGAGGUCACCGGCGCCCUUGCCAGCUCCAAGGGCAGGAGGUCGCCAGUCGAAGGCGAGGGCCAACGAGCGAGCGACGCAACGCCACGCGCCCACGAGAGGUACUGUGUGAAUGUGAUUGCGAUGGGGAUUUCGACGAAGAUCAAAGGACGGAAACGAGGCCGGCCGGCGAUGACGUCAAAUCACGACGAGCGCACCACCUAGUGACGGAGGGGCGACCUCAGAUGUAGCUGUCCGACCACUGGCCUUCCACCACUGUACCUGGAGGU